CAGUCGCCAUGAGCCUGGGUCAUAGUUGAGAAACAAAUAUGGCGGAUUUCAUGGAAGAUGUUGGAGUUGGUUACUAUCGCUCGUUAGAUCCCCCAAAGAACUUUGUUGUGAAGGUGAAUUUAAGGCGAGUGACAGCAGCGAGUUAUCUUCCAGAGUUUAAAUUUGGUUCUCAGCAGAACAUAAAUGAUCAAGGUGCUGAAGUCGCCGGAGAAGCUUUGGAAAUGCAGGAGUUGAGACGAGACGAAGGUAAACCACUUGAACAAGAUUCAGAAGAAUCUAUGUUUUAUUGGCAACAAAAGAUGUUCUCUCAGAGAGAGAUGGAACUCUAUGGAGAUCUAACCAAUUGUUUUGGACCUCUGGAGCAGAAGUAUCAUGCAGAAAUAAUAAAGCUACGGGAAAAAGGUGGAAGACCAAAUAGAAGACUUUUCUCAUAUGUUGAUUGUGAUAGUUAUGUGAAUGUGGAUGAGGAAUAGACCUGGUGGAUUCAUUACUAGAACUGAUCCAGUUGUUGUUCAUGAGACAGAAACUAGCAAAACAACUGCCCAUGUUGUUAACAUACCAUACAAGACCAUGCAUGUAAUGGCAGAUCUUGCUCCCGAGGGAAAAGCUCAAAUUGAUCAGAACGAUGAAUAUGUCCUGUUUUCCAUUAAGAUUGACGCCAAUGGACAAAUUUUUGUCAAGCCUGACUUCAAUGGGGAAAAGCCUCCAUAUCGUGUUGAGACACAAAAUGAGCUGAGAGAGGUGUAUGAAUAUACUGUUGAGCACUGUUCUGUUCAAAUGACAAGUGAUCAGCGAGAGCAAGAAUUUAAGAGUUUCAAUGAGCUUUACAACAGGCAUGCUUUGUAUUUGGCCUCACAAGUUGGAUCUGGAUUUGAAACUAUGCCAGAACCUGGUGUUUUGAGAAUGAAUAUUUUUGGAGAGAUAGUUUCUGCCAAAGGAUUUGACUAUGAUGGUCUAUAUGUUCACUUUUUUCUGGACCUGCCUGAGAAAUGGAGACCAACUGAUGACCCAGUGUUAUCAGGUGUCACACAGACCUGCAUGACAAAGCUAGAGGGAGAAGACUACGUGGCGCACUUUAGUUUCCCUUUUGACUUCUCAUUGAUCUAUCAAGAAGAUGAUGAUUGUGAUGAUUUUAUUUGCUGGCCAACACUGUUUGUGGAGGUGUUGUCAUUGGACAGCUGGGAAAGGUUCAGAACUGAGGGUUAUGCAUACAUCACUAUACCCAAUAAAGCUGGCAGCUACUGUAUGGAAGUGAACACUUGGCGACCAAUAGGAAAUGGCACAGGUCCAGAGAUGCGAAGGUUCUUUAUUGGUGGAUCACCAGAAUUGGAAGAUCCUACAUAUCCUCAGAAACCUGCAAUGGCUGAUGAUAAGGUAUUGAGCAAAUAUUUCUUCAGGACAGCUGCAUCUGGGAGUGUUAAUGUCAAGUUUCAUAUUAUGCAGCAGUGUCAGUCUUUUAUGGAUUCAAAAGCCAAGAAAACUCGUCAUACAAGAACUAUACUGGACAGACUAGGAGGAAUGAAUGCUCUGGACUCUUUAGCACAAGUUAUGGAUGCAUUCCAAAGAGCAAAAAAACGGAUGUUGGAUGCACGUGAGGGGCUUCCUUCUGUAAAAUAAAUAAAAAAAAAAAUCUUGCUGUUUUGUCCAUGUAAAAGGUGAACUGGUUUGCACAAGACUUAUGGUUUAAAAAAUAGCUGUAACAGUAGUAGUUAUUUUUCUUUGAUAAGUAAAUGUGUACAAAAAAAUGAGGUGUACAAAUUGAUCUUACCUUUAAGGAAAUGUCCUUUGUAAGUUGUAAUUAUAAAAUUUGUAUAAAGUAAUUCUUGUGUACAAACAUGUUUUACAACUUGUUUAUACCUGUACGAUAGCUUUUACAAUUUCCUAAAUUCUUUACUGCAAUGAACGACUCGUCAAUUAGGUUUAAAGUAUUACAGAAAUGAUGUUGAAAAUAGAAAUAGUAGUUAAUGGCAAUAAAGCACUGAAACUGUUUA